AUGGUGCCUCUCCUUGUUCUCUGCCUUCUUUCACCACUCUUAAUUGCCUCUGCGGAUACAACUAGCUUGAAGUGUGUACAAGGCUAUGAUGCUACCCAAGCUCCGACAGACUGUCCCAGUGAUUCUGACGCCUGUGUGACCAUCAAGGACGAGAACACACUGCCUGGUGCCAGGAACUUCACCAUGCAUGGUUGUGGAACAAGCAACGUGUGUGAACUCAUGGGCAAAUAUCUGACAGUUAAUGGAACCGACUACCCAGUGGCCCUCAAGGCUAAGGUGGACGAACAACUGGACAAAUUAAUCGCGCAAGGGGUUUUGGAGCCGGUCGACCAUGCCAAGUGGGAAACGCCUAUCGUCACACCUGUCAAGCCGGAUGGGUCGGUGAGGAUAUGCGCAGACUACAAGUGCACGAUCAACAAGGCGCUUCAGCAGCACGCUUAUCCAGUUCCCGUCGUCCAACACCUGCUGCAUUCUUUGGGCGAAGGCAAGGUCUUUGCUAAGCUGGACCUUGCCCAAGCCUAUCAACAACUGCCUGUUGACGACGCCACCGCUGAAGCUCAGACGAUCGUCACCCACCGAGGAGCGUUCCGAUGCCGCCGACUACAGUUCGGGGUGAGCGUGGCUCCCGGCAUCUUUCAAAGCCUCAUGGAGCGCCUCCUGCAAGGACUGCCAGGCGUGGUACCAUAUUUCGAUGAUGUACUGGUAUCCGCAGACUCAAAUCAACAGCUGUUCGAGCGCCUCCGCGCUGUGCUGACCAGGUUCCAGGAGGCCGGACUCAAGGUGAAGAAAGAAAAGUGUCUGAUUGCCGUUCCACAGGUGGAGUUCCUGGGCUACCUCAUCAACGCCUCUGGCCUUCACCCAACGACAUCCAAAAUCCGGGCCAUCCAGGAGGCCCCGAUUCCAAAGAACAAGACGGAGUUGCAGGCGUUCCUGGGGCUGCUGAACUUCUACAAUAUGUUCCUGCCCCACAAGGCAACGCUAGCUGAGCCUCUCCACCGCCUGCUCAGCACGAAGGCGCCAUGGUCCUGGGGUCAUAGAGAGACAGCGGCAUUCAACGCAGUCAAGUCCCUCCUCUCCUCAGACAGUGUGCUGGUACAGUACAGUGAAGCCAGGCCACUGGUCCUCGCCUGUGACGCCUCGCCCUUUGGCAUCGGUGCAGUCCUCAGUCACCGGUUCCCGGAUGGGAGGGAAGCACCACUUGCUUACUUCUCUCGGACGCUGUCUCCGGCGGAACGGAAUUACAGCCAGCUCGACAAGGAGGCACUGGCGCUUGUGGCUGGAGUGAAGAGGUUCCACGAAUACCUCUACGGGAGAACCUUUGACCUCAUCACUGACCACAAGCCGCUCCUGUUUGCAACCAGACAGCAUGAGCUCUCGGCUCAUCGCGGCUGCCUACUGUGGGGAGACCGAGUCGUGGUUCCCCAAAGACUCCGCCAACGCGUCCUUGAGGCUCUGCACAUCGGCCACCCAGGGAUCGUUAAAAUGAAGGCGUUGGCUCGGUGUUACGUCUGGUGGCCUAACAUGGACGAUGCCAUCACCUCCUGGGUUGCCUCCUGUCAAGCAUGUCAAGAAUCGAGACCUGCACCACCGGCAGCUAAGGGCAACACCUGGGAGACGCCAAAGGCACCCUGGUCGAGAGUGCACAUUGACCUUGCUGGCCCUUUUCAUGGCCGGACCUUUAUGGUAGUGGUGGACACUUAUUCGAAAUGGCUGGAGGUGGCUCUGAUGCCCUCCACCACUACCGAAGCCAUAGUCCGGGUGCUGCGGGGCCUAUUUGCAAUGCAUGGAUGUCCUGAUGUCCUCGUCUCUGACAACGGGCCACAGUUCACAUCAGGCGCCUUUGAAAGGUACCUCUUGGGGCUAGGCAUCCGCCACGCCCUAACAGCUCCAUUCCACCCGGCCAGCAACGGACAGGCAGAAAGAAUGGUGCGCUCAGCGAAAGAGGCACUGGCACGCCUGGACCAGAAGGACUGGCAUGAGCGAGUUACGGAAUACUUGCUCGUGCAACACAUUACCCCGCAUGCAGCCACAGGGCGGAGUCCAGCUGAACUGCUUAUGGGCCGUCGCCUCAGAUCUCCGCUCGACCGGUUGCAU